CAUUUUUCAAAUUAUGGCAGAAUAAACAUAAGACAAACAAUUCAAGGGAGUUAAGAAGUUCACUUACAGAGGACUCUAACUUGAAGAGUUGGUUAAACUACCUAUGGAUAAAUUAGUGGAAUAAUUCAGAGCCAGAUAAAGAAGAAGAAUUUCAAAUCAAGGAGAAAAAGUACAUGCUUUCUAAAAUUUAAUGAAAAAGGUAAAGAUGUGAUUGUAAAAAUUAGAUUAGAAAAAGCAAGAAAGAAACAUUACCUGGUGAAAAACCAAAACCUGUCAAGACUCAUUAAAGAAAUACAAUUGUUGUUCCAGAAAUGGUUGGUUCAAUUGUUGGAGUUUACAAUGGAAGACAAUUUAGCAAUGUUGAAAUUAAGUUUGAUAUGAUUGGCAGGUAUAAAUGAUUUUAUAAUAUUUUAGAUAUUUGGGUGAAUUUUCUUUAACUUAUAAACCAACUAGACAUGGAAAGCCAGGUGUUGGUGCAACUAAAGGAUCUUAACACACAGAUUGAUAUUAUGGAUUUAAAAGUACAUUAAAU